AUGAUCAACGGCAGCUGGGCCACAACUAAGAAGAGAGCCCGCCAUCGAGUCGACGAUGAUCGGCUCAGCGAGCUUCCCGAACAUGUCCUCCGCCGCAUCCUCUCCUUCGUCGACUCCAAAACCACCGUCCAAACAAGCCUCCUCUCCCGCCGUUGGAGAUCCGUCUGGAAAGGCGUCCCUGCCCUCAAUCUCAACAGGCGUUCCUUCAACAACUUCCCUAGCUUCAGCCAAUUCGUCUCCCGCAUCCUCUCCAACCGUUACGACUCCGCCGGGGUCGAGGAGAUCACCUUCCAAUUGCAAUGGGACACGUGGACUGAGAUGUUCAUCGAUGCGGAGUUGAUCUACGGGACGCUCUUCGACUACGCCGCGUCGCACGGGAACCUCCUACGCUUGCGCGCAGUCUAUUGUGACCCAGAACGCGUCUGA